AUGCCUGACUGUUUAUGCAGUUGCAGAGAGGCAUUUCGAAUGGAAAAGCAGCCACAGGUAAUUAUACAAAUUUUUUUCAGUGCGCCUGAAGGUGCCGAUGAGAAUGCAGAGCAGUUGGAUUGCCACAGCCCCAAAAUGGAGCAUAUCGACGAGCGGUAUGUACGCCUACCGCAGAUUUCUAGCGAAGGCGUGCCGCUUCCGCCACGCUAUGCCCGGUGA